AUGGUUAAGAUGCUCAAGCUCAAGGCGCCCAAGUUCAAGAAAAUCGACGACGAUGUCUUGCCCUCGCUCGACAUAGAGGAAGGAAGAACCAUCCUUGGGAAGAGCCACAAGCAAGUGCACAGGAAAAACGACAAAGGGUGCAAGCUGGAGAAGUCGAGAAAAGACCGGAAACGGAGAGUUGACCGAUUUCUCGACAAAGCUUACGUCCUGAGGUUUUUGAGUCAAGCAAACAUCGUCUGUACUCCCCCUGUGCCUAUCAGGGGGCAGCAAUAUGAGGCUUUGCUUACCAAGUUUUUGCCUUUCCCUCUACAUGAGUACUUGGACGAUAUGAGUGGCGAUGAGCCGCAGUGUUGUGUCAACCAGCUCACCAAUGCCCUAUGCUACCUGCACAGAAGGCACAUUGUCCAUGGCGACCUGAAACAGGUCAAAGUUGUCACAGACCGAUCCAACGUCUUCAAACUCUGUGGGCUAGGAUCCACUCAGGUCUUACCUUGGGAAUCUGAGGAGCCCAAACGCUGGACCAGUCCUCGAAGAGAAUAUCGCGCCCCAGAACUGGACGAUCUCUCUCUGGAACUGAACGCCUUUAAGAUGGGGAACCACUCAUUCGGAGUCUUGUCGUGCUGA